CUUCCCUUCAACAGCUCUCGCCCCCGACUCCAGGUCUUGCUUCCUUAAAGGUCUCUUGAUAUAUAUCUUUGUCCGAGUAUCUUGCACCUCGCAUUGUAAGCGAAACACCACAUAUCGCUACAAACGGUGCAAGUUUCGACGCGCACGCGGCGCAAUUGCACCUUAUGGCAGACACGAGCUCCGCCACCGAUACAACUCUCGCCGCAGACCAGUCCAUGGAGUCCGACUCGUCGACGCUCACCUCUGUCUCCGAUGUCACCGACAUAGCUAGACGCGGGCGAGAUGCGGUAUACUGGAGACCAGACGGCGAUGCGGUCUUCCUCGUAGACGGCGUACUGUUCAAGAUCCACAGCUUCCUCAUCGGACGCGACGGCUCUGCAUUUGAGGACAUGUUCACUUUGCCGAACAAAGGUGACCUUGCCAUUCGAGGCUCUGAAGAAGAGCCAAUCGAACUGCAUGGCGAUACGGCGGAUCGUUUUCGAGCCUUAUGUUGGGCGUUGUACGCUCUCCCGACGGAGAUACACUCACAGGCCACAACGGACAUAGACCUUCCGCGCAUGCUGGAUAUCGCCGAGAUGGCGAACAAGUAUCACUUCAAGGCAUUCGAGAAGUGGGCGAUGGACAUGAUAUCGAAGUACAGCCUCCGGAACAGGAAGACGCAGCAGGAUUACUUGUCAACGAGCUGCCCGCCAGAAGUUCUCGCUCGCAUCCUUCGUCUUACCGUGCUUUGCCACCGGCAGACCUUCCAAACGCAGGUCGAGCGUAUCUGGAUAGCGCGCUUGAGCGCUUCGGACACCGCGUCCUUCACACACGCCAUCGACGUUGCCGACAGUUUCGGCUUGCGCGACUUCCAAGGACACGCCUACUAUCACCAGCUCCUCGCUAUGAGUACCGACGCUACGCCCGAGUCCGGUGGCCUCGCUACGCGCUUCGAGCACCCCAGCCUGCACGGCGUGCAGCUGAUGCGGCUGCUCAGCGGACAUUGGUCGCUCACAAUGUUCUGGGCGCGCUUCGCGGAGCAAGGAGUGGUAGUGCCGGCGGCAGGCGGCUGCGACACCGCGCGCCACCAUCCCAAUGUGUGCGUGAAGGCUUGGGAGGGGCGAUGGGCAGAGGCGGUGCGCAGCGAGAAGGUUCUCGCUUUGCCGCCGUGCGAUGUGCUGGGCAAGGGGCGGGCACUACAAGCAAUUCUCGCGUCGGACUCCGUCUCGCAUGGGUGGACGAAUGCGCAUUGCCGGAGGAAUGCGUUGCAGGCGCUCCAGGACACGCUCGACCAAUUGCAGGAGACGCUCGCAGACCAUUUCCUUGGCCCCCCAAGGGAGGAUGCGCCGGACGAGUCGAUGGAGUAAUUGCUUGCUGUACGUGCGUACUUUGGGCUUCGCUGGGUUGGACACUACAUAUACGCUAUCCAUUCCUUGUUACUUGAGCUUCGCUGUGACCUGUAUUCACCGCCUGAUUGGAAUGCCACAUCGCAGUUACCUGA